AUGGUUCUCAACUCUUCACAUGUAUACUCGCCACGACAUUUUUAUCGAUCAUUCCAGGAUUUAGAUUAUAUUAAUAACCGCCAAAAAGAAAUUUUAAAUAAAUCUAUGAGAUGUUUCUGGCGGCCAGUAACUUUUUAUUUUUAUGGUGAUGGUGGUGCAAGUUCGAGUUGGUGGGAUGGCUACGAUAAACAUGAAAUUGUUCUUUUUGAUGAGUGGUAUUCGGUGCUUGAUUGGAAUGAUGUUGUUAAAUAUUUAAACAAUACUCCAGAGAAUGUUGAACAAAAAGGCAAGACAUUUGUACCUUUUCUUGCCAAGUAUGUCUUUAUGACUUUUCACAAACCACCAGAAGAAGUAUUCAAUUUUCGUCGAGUUAAUAUAAAUGAUGAGACAUCAACUCAAUGUGAUUGGGGACAGUUCUACCGACACUUGGAUUAUAUUAUCAAGUUUAGAGGUAUGUGGCAUGACGAGCUAGAUCAGCACACCACUGAGCUCAUAUUUCACAAAGGCUCAAAGGAAGAUUUCUGCAAAAUGCUUUGGGACGUUAAAUAUGAUGAGGGCGAAUAUACAUGUGAAGAGUUGAGAACUAUUAUUCAAGAGCUUAAUAAAGAUCAGGAUAGUGAAGUAAUUAUUAAGUUAGAUCAGGUGUACUGGCAUCGCCACUUUCCAUAA